CGUUGGCUGGCGAUAGAGUGGGUGUUGUUGUGUAGUCCUACUAAGUCUACUUGCUGUGGAGGGCACAGAGUUGUGUUAGCUGGAGAUAGAGUGUGCGUGUUGUGUAGUCCUACUGAGUGUACUUGCUGUGAGGGCACUGAGGAGUACAUGUGUGUAUUGUUCUUCAACCCUGGACUCAAGACAAAAGGUGUCUUCUCAGGUGAACGACUUGGAUCAGUGAGGCAAUAUGGAGCAGCCCAUUGGUCCGUUGUCGUCGUUUGACUACGACCUGCUGGUCGUAGGGGCGGGGUCAGGAGGUCAAGCUGUUGCCAAGGAAGCCGUCGGGUUUAAUAAAAGAGUUCUGGUGAUUGACCCUGUGACCCCAUUUUCUGAAGGCACCACUUCAGUUCUGGGAUGGUCCAGUGUAACCAUGGCGACCGUGAGGAAGCUGCUACACAGGGCGUCCCAGUUGGGACAGGACAUUCAGGACUCAAAGAAAUAUGGCUGGAGAUUUAAAGAGACAGCCGCCCACAGCUGGGGGGGCCUCUCAGACGCUCUGUUGGGCCACGCAGAGUCCUGCGUCCUGGGGGUCAGGAGGGACCUGACCGAGUGCGGCGCUGCCUACCUCAGGGCCGGCUGGGAGAUGCUGGCCACUCACGUCGUAGAGGUGACAGACACCGAUGGGAGGAAGUCCCGCCUCUCUGUGGGGACGCUGGUCAUCGACCCCGGGGAGCGACCUCGCUACCCUGGGGUACCGGGAGACAGGGAGCACUGUGUCACCAGUAACGAGCUGUUCUCCAGGCCUCGCCCGCCCGGCCGCACCCUGGUGGUGGGCGGGUCUCCAGAGGGGGUGGAGUGUGCUGGCUUCCUGGCCGGCCUGGGUCACGAGGUCACUCUCAUGCUGCCGACCUCUGACCUCCUGCCAGGCUUCGACCUCAAGAUGUCCCAGAAGAUCGAGAACCACAUGCUGGUGCACGGAGUCCACUUCCUGUACGAGCACACGCUCAGCAAGGUGGAGCAGAUAGGUGCUCAGGAUGAGGGCGUUUCUGCAGCUGCGUUGCUGGGGGCCCGGGGGGGGCUGAGGGCCCCGGGGGGCCUGAGGGCCAGCCUGCUCUCCAGGGACGGACCCGCCACACAGGAGGACUUCGAUACGGUCCUGCUGACCGUAGGGAUAGAGCCCAGUACCUCUAACAUCGGACUAGAGCGGGUUGGGGUGAAAUGUAGCCCAGAUGGGCGGAUCCUAGUGAACGAGCUGGACCAGACCAGCGUGGACCACGUUUACUGCCUGUGCUCCUCCUCCUCCUCCUCCUCCUCCUCCUCCUCCUCCUCUGGCCUGGGACCCCACUGCCCCUCCUCCGUCCUCAGGGCCCGGUCUGGGAGGCUCCUGGCCCACAGACUGUACGGAGGGCCCACCCCCCCGUGUGAUUACUGCAACAUCCCCUUGGUUCUGUUUACUCCACUCGAGUAUUCUGCCUGCGGUUUGUCUGAGGAAAGAGCCAACGCAACGUUCGGAGAGGCAAACAUAGAGGUUUAUCACAGCUACUACUGGCCCCUGGAGUGGACCGUCCUCCCAAGGGACAAGAACUCCUGCUACGUCAAAGUCAUCUGUCACGUUCCUGACCAGGAGCGCGUGGUGGGCCUCCACCUCAUGGGUCCGCACGCCGGGGACAUCGUCCAGGGCUUCAGCGCCGCCAUGACCUGCGGCCUCACCAAGAGACAGCUGGACGCCACGGCGGGCCUGCAGCCCACGGCCGCACAGGUUCUGACCAGUCUCACGGUGACCCAACGCGAGUCUGAAGCCAUGAUGGUCCGGGGAAACUGCUGAGGUUAAGCCCGCCCCUGCUGUCAAUCACCGUUGUUCCCGGCGACCGGUGAGGGCUGCAGGGAGCUGAUUGGCCCGUGGCGUGACCAGCGGCAGACUGGCAGCCAGCCAGCCAAUGAAGUCCUUGCGUUAAACCUUAUCGAAAGGUGGGCGGGGCCUGAUAACCUGCCGCUGAUCAUGUUUUUGAGGCGAUAACAUGAGUCGUCCUCAUUAAUAUUAUUGAUAACAGAUUAUUGAUCGUGGACUAUUGAUUAAUGUUGAUUAAUGAUUGAUUAUUGAUCAAUAAUUGUGAUUGGCAUUUUUGCUGAACAACAGCUUAAAGGUAAGGUAGGUACGAUUUAAAAAAAGAAAGAAAAAGGGAACUGCUCCAUUGUGGUUGGCUGCCCUGGCCUCUGUAUGAGGCAAUGUAGAUCUUGGACCGCUCCUAGUUCCUUUCUGACCAAUCACGGCGUCUCUUCCCUUAUUGGGUCGGGAAUCCAUCCUGCCGGUCAAUCACAGGUGCGUGAAAUGCGCCACUCCCACAGCGAAUCAGAGGGAGGGAGGGAGCAGAGAGGGGAGGGGCCAUUAUUUUUGCUUCUUGAGUUUCCAAACUCUCUUCACAACUCUUGUAUCGUACCUACAGCUUUGUCAGGAGAGGGGAACACUACCCAUGAGGCCUUUCUCCGUGCUACUGCCUCUGAUUCGAGGGCCAUUACAGGAGGUGCUCGGCUUAUAUCUGCGGGCUCCAGGCGAGCCGGUCUUUAGUCUCUGCUGGGGCGCGAUAAGGCGUCGUGCGGCGACGUGAAACGUGCGUUUCCUGGCGCUGUCGUCGCUAAAAGCCUUAAUUGGAUGUAAUGAACGAGCAGUGGAGUGAGGCGGUACUCAAAUUAAUCACAUUAAUCAGCCAGAGUGUCGUGCUGCUCGCAGACGGAGCCUUUACUGAAAACAUGAAUUACAAGACUCUCUCUCUCUCUCUCUCGCUCUCUGUGUCUCUCGCUCGUUUAAAUUGAGUUUUGUUUCCUUUAUUGACCCGACAAACAUACAAAAUACAAUAAACUCAUAUUUUUUGUAUCAUAGAAUUUGA